AUGGCCGAUUCUGCUGGCGCGGUAAAUGGUCAACCCAAAGCUGCCAACGGCAAUGCUGGACAGACUCUGACGCCGUAUCACUCGCUCUUCAGGCAUUUGUUUUCCUGGGAGAAGCCUCGUGACUCGGCCAUUGCAUACGCCUCCGUCGUUACUACCAUCAUCGCUGUGAGGUACCUGAACCUCCUUAGCUGGACCCUUGGACUGUCCUGGAUGGUCUUGGCCACUACUGUUGCUGCUGAGAUUUCAGGCAAGCUGGUCCUUAACAAUGGCCUGGCUUCCCAGUUCCGCCCGCGCGAGUACUUCACCGUUUCACGCGACACCUUCGAAGCGUUGGUCAGCGAUGCCCACGGACUCAUCAACUUCUUCCUCAUCGAGGCUCAGCGCAUAGUGUUCGUUGAGAAUGUCGGUGUUUCGGCUGCCGCCUGCGUCGCUGCCUUUAUCUCAGGCUUCCUCAUCAAGGUCGCUCCCUACUGGGUCCUCGCCAUCAUUGCAACCACCAUUGCUUUCUUCGCUCCUCUGGUCUACUCCUCCAACCAGGAGUUUAUUGAUGAGCAGCUCAAGACCGCCGCCGAGGCCAUCAACGCCCAGACCGCCCAAGUUCGAGAUGCCGCUCAAAAGCAGGCCGACCACCUUGCUGCUGUUGGAAAGCAGUAUGCCGGAGACUACUCUGGCAAGGUUCAGGAGAUUCUGCGCACUCGCAACCUUUCUCCUUCGGCCACCAAGAAGGCUCCCGAGUUCCCUUCUCCUCCUACUGAGGAGCCCAAGGCUGCCGAACCGGUUAUCCCCCAGGAGCCCAUCAUUGCCUAA